CACACUCUCCACCAACUUUUCGUACACUUCAGUUCAAUCUAGCCUAGGAUAUAACCAAAAUUGGAAAGAGAAGAUAAGGAGUACACUCAGUAGAGGGGAGAAGCCAUGGGUGGAGGAGCACUGCAUAUUGACCUUCCUACGAUGCAGUUCAAAACUUCUUCCUCUAAUCUUCCUUAUGUACCACCUUCUUCUUCUUCUUCUUCUUCUAAAAAUAAUCUAAACCUUCCAGUUUCAGCAACUUUUGCUGGAAAUCUUACAACAUCUUGUUCUGCUACUAGAUGCUCCAGCCACAGUGAAACUUGUGGAAAACUGGAGACUUUGGAUGGAAGAGAAGAAAAAAGAGCAACUGGGUCUCUCUAUAAUCCUGUUUUUGGACAAGUUCCAUCCCAGUUGGAGAUUGAAAAUGCAAUUCAUGCCCUCCAAAAUUUUAUGCUUGGGAAAUCCUCAUCUGGGUCAGAGUUGAAAUGGCUUGAGCAGAAACUGGAUUAUUUUGAUCCGAGACUAUUGCUAUCUCAGGGAUACAGAAGGCUUUGUGAUGCAUUUCAAUUGCUGCAAACAGAUCCCACUGUUAAGCGACUAGUGGUUUCUCUAGCAUCUGAUAAAGCCGUUUGGGAUGCGAUUUUGAGGAACGAGUCAGUUCGAGAGUUUCAAUGGACACCCUACGCAGUUAAUUAUGUGAGGCCUCUAAUUUCUAAUGAAGAGCCAGACUUGGCAACACGUAUAUUGAUGUGGAUUUUGGAUGCCACAAAAGCAAAAGUUAUAGAGCUCAUCGAGAAAUUUCUGUCUCUAGUGAACGAGCUAUUUCAACCUCCCAAGAGUAACAAUCCCACAGAAGCAAACAAGGAGCAGAUGGAGGAAAAAAUUAGAUCAUCGUUGCUUCUCUCUGUUGUGAUCCUCCUGAUUGCAGUUGUGGCUCGAGUCCAAACUGCUUGAAUCACCAUAGCAUAAGCAGAAGAAUGCAAGAAUAAACCACAUUAUUUGAUCAACAGUGGGGCACCAUUAGUUGAUGAGUACCUAUUUAAUUUCAGCAUUUUUUCCCCCUGUAUUGUAUAUGUUGCAAAACGGUUAUGUUUCCAAAUAUUUGAACUCCUACAUUUGUUUCAUAAAUAAAUUCCUGAAGGUCUUGAAGGAAAACUCACAUACUUCCAGUCU